AUGGCGCCGCCGCCCCCUCUCGAGGUGGCGUCCGCCUCCUUCUUCCAGCUCGAGUGCAGCCACGCGCAGCUCUUCCAGCCCGAGUACAAGCGGAGCAACCGCACCAAAGGCCUCAAGAUCCUGCGCUGCUUCCCGCACUGCUGCCCGGAGCACAUCGACCGCAGCUACUGCGGCACGUCGCUCAGCGUGCGCGUGCAGUUCGGCGCCGAGUCGACCUCCGAGUCCCCGUCCGUGGAUCUCUUCGCCCGCUUCGAGGCCGUGAGCGACGUCGCCACCCAGACAGAGGCCAACCCCGAGGGCCAAUGGAUGAAGGGCAUCCUGGACCAGCCGUCCAAGCUCGUGACCGCCAUCCGCGCGGCGGACUCGACGUCCGACGAGAAGCCCAUGAUCUUUCACCUCAACAGCAGGAGCUACGCGCGCUGGUACUACGACUGGGAGAGCGGCGCCAACAAGGCCCAGAGGCUCAUGAAGCACGUACUGAAGGCCUACAUAGUGGAGCGCUGCGCCGUGGACAAGGACGACAGGAUCGUGGCUGCUUCAAGCCGAGACGCAGUCAAGCAACUGUACCGAGUCGCCCAUGUCGUGACGUCUCCCGAGUUCACGCUAGAAGACGUACCGGAUCUACUGGAGGACAAGCUCCGAUGGGAACACAUGAACCUGCCGGCCGUGUCGGUGUCCAGGAACUUGGCGCUUGUAUACUCGUUCCUCCGUUGGGCUCCGCUGAGUGUUUACGCUUCUUUUGUCGAUGAACUGACCCUCCUCCGUGUAUUGGCGGACGCGACGCUCUGGUUCUUCUCGAGUGACACGCGGCAGUGGAUGCGCUCGUUCUUUCGACAGCACGCGAGUUUUGUGAUGGACAAGCAUGGAAUGCGCGAGUGCUUCGUGAUGUUCCUUCAGGAGCUGCAGACACGUCUGGACGCGCAAGUAUUCUCGCAGACGUCGCUGCAAAGUCUUGCCAAUGCGGCCGAGGAGGUGAUUGCAGCAGUGUAUUCUUACGAGUAUUUCCACGCCCGACGACCACGAGUGCGGAAGAUUCUGAGCGGGCAAAGCUUCGCGGGCUGGAACGCGUUUGUAGCGCAACUGCGGGAGACGUACAUCGGUAUGACGUCGUUCCCAGGUGUAUCGCGGCAAUUGAUGAAGAGUCAAGCUGGUCUGGAUUUCGAGCAAGCGCACCCGCCACAGAACAGCGUCGAGUGCGAUUGGAAUGCCGAAUGGCUGCUGGAUGUGGAUGAAGCAGUGUGGAAGCCCAGCGAGAACGCUAUCAAAGCGCGCACGCUUCACGUCCGGUCUACUCAGGGCUUUGCAGGCGCUCAGGACUGCAUGCGGUUGGUGCUGGAUGGCAGAGAUCGUGUGUUCUCGCAGUUCCCGAAUGCGAUGGCAACCGAAGCAAACACAGGCGCUUGGGGGGAUUAUAUCGGCGAGGUGCAGGUUGAGAAGUCGGGGCGGCUCAUCGUGUACCUGCAGAUGUUCAGUUGGUCCAUGCGGGGGAAUGGUCCAUCCUACCACUCGCGCAUGCGCAUCGAGUGCUGGCAUAGUCAACGGCUUUGCAUCAGUGGCGACGUGCUAGCGACCACUGCUCUGGCCUCUUUCUCUUCGGAGCAAGCCUUGUAUUUACCUGAAAUGUCACUGCGAAGCAAGCGUGAAGCAGUGGAACAUGCCUUCGCACAGCAAAUUCGGGAUGAUCCUCGUGCACGGUCCGCUGGUGGCCCAUGGAAAGAGCUUAGUCGAUUCCGUCUGAGCUAUAUCACGGCAUAG